AUGGCAGCAGGUGAAAAUAUUGACAAAUCGGAACAUAAAAUUCAUCGAGUUCACAAAGUUGGUGGCAAAGCAAAGAAGAAAGCUGUUAGGAAAGGAAGUGGAAUUAAUGCAAAGGCUUUUACGUUUCAAUCUGCUGUUAAAGCAAGUCGCGCCAUUCGCAGAGCAGCAGAUAAGGAUGAAAAGAAAAAACACAUACCGGUAGUCGAUCGCACUCCCGUCGAGCCACCUCCAAUAAUUGUUGCUAUCGUUGGUCCUUCAAAGGUUGGAAAAAGUACAUUAUUGCGAUGUCUAGUAAAGCAUUAUGUGCGACAUAAUUUAACUGAAAUUCGCGGACCAAUCACCAUUGUUACUGGCAAAACUCGGCGAGUAACAUUCGUCGAAGUUAGUAACGAUUUAAACUCUAUGAUCGAUAUUGCGAAGAUUGUUGAUUUGGUUUUACUGAUGGUGGAUGCUUCUUACGGAUUUGAGAUGGAGACAUUCGAAUUUCUAAAUAUAUGUCAAGUGCAUGGCAUGCCUCGAAUCAUGGGUGUUCUUAGUCAUCUCGAUGUAAUUAAGAAGAAGGAGAAGUUGAAACAUACGAAGAAAUUACUGAAACAUCGUUUUUGGACAGAAGUUUAUCAGGGUGCGAAACUAUUUUACUUGUCGGGAAUGAUCAAUGAGCAAUACUUAAGAAAUGAAAUUCGAAAUCUUGCACGUUUCAUAUCUGUCACGAAAUUUCGUCCUUUAGUUUGGAGAACCAGUCAUCCAUAUGUUUAUUGUGAUCGUUAUGAAGAUUUAACCGAUGCAGAGCUACUUCGCGAAAAACCAUUAGCGAACCGCACGAUUUCGUUAUAUGGUUGGGUGCGUGGGACGUUCCUAAAAAAUCAUGCUGCUGUGCAUAUCCCCGGUAUGGGCGAUUUAAUGAUCAAAGAUGUGACAGCUUUACCUGACCCGUGUCCGCUGCCAUCAAAGGAAAAGAUGAAACGUUCGCUGAAUGAAAAGGAGCGCAUUAUUUAUGCUCCAUUUUCUGGUCUUGGUGGUAUCGUUUACGAUAAAGAUGCUAUUUAUAUUGAAACGCGUGGCUCACAUUCAUAUAAGAAAGCUCGGCACGAACUCGUUGAAGUAUUGGAAAAUGUUAAAGAGGGUAUCGAUGAUAAGAUGCAUAAAACAGGAUUGAAAGUAGUUACAGAUUCUCAAAUUGUCAUACCUCAUAGUAGGAGUGAAAGCGAAAUGGAUGAUGAUGAUUCUGAUACGACAGAUGAAGUAGAAAGCAUUGGCGAAAAGUCGAGUGACUUUGUGGAUUUGAACACUGAAAGUGAUGUAUCUGAGGAUGAAAGUGAUGGAAAAGAUAUUGAAGAAAAGGCGGCUAAACGUUGGUCACAACUUUGUACACGAGCAAAAUUAUUGUACAAUGAGAAAAAAUCGGCGAAAUUGAAUUGGGCUAAAAUUGUAUAUUCUGAUUCUGAUCUGCAUGACCAGGAUGAAAAAGAGCAAGGUCAAGUACUUGGUGGUCUUUUCAAAGUCCUGACUCGAACUGAGAGAACCAUUGAUAACUUGGAGGAUGGCCUUCUCUGCUGUAAAUCGUCGACAGUUACAUCUGAACAACUUUUAAAACAACAAGAUUGGAACAAUUUGCAGGUUCGUGUAUCGAUUGCGGACUGCUUUGUUACAGGAAAUUGGAAUCCUGAUGAAGACGCUGCUAUGCGAUUAGAAGAUGGAAAGCAAAUUUAUGGUGAAAGAGCAAAUUUUAACGUAAACGAUGAAGAUACUUUUGAUGAUGAAGCCAGAGUUGAAAAUGAAGAAAAGAUGGAUGCUGUAAAUGCAGUGAGGAGGGAUGAGGAAGAGGCAUCUAAAAGAAGAAAAAUUGACAAAGAAAAAUUGAAGAUGCGUUUCAAUGCUGAAUAUGAUGAAACCAAUAAACAUUACAUAGAGCUGAAAGGAGAACUUGAAGGGCAGUCGAAGCUUAAUAAAUCAGUCUUCGAAGAGCUGGAUGAAGUGGCUCGGCAACAGUUAGAGGGUUUUCGACCAGGGCUUUAUGUUCGAAUAGAAUUUGAGGAUGUGCCUGUGGAAUUUCUACAGCAUUUCGAUCCAACCAGACCCUGUAUUAUAGGUGGCCUUCUGAUCGGUGAACAGAAUAUGGGUUCUGUACAGGUACGAGUGAAAAAACAUCGGUGGUAUCAGCGGUUAUUGAAGUCACGAGAUCCUCUGGUUAUAUCAUGUGGUUGGAGACGAUUUCAAACUGUUAUCAUUUACUCAAUGCAGGAUCAUAAUAUGAGACAGCGUUUCUUAAAGUAUAUACCAGAGCAUAUGUUCUGUCAGGCAGUCUUUUGGGGGCCAAUAACAGCACAGAACACGGGAUUCCUUGCAGUGCAGUCACUAAACAGAGAUAUGAAAGGCUUUAGGAUUGCCGCAACAGGUGUUGUGCUGAAUCUGGAUAAAACCUUCCAAGUUGUGAAAAAACUAAAACUUAUUGGUUAUCCAUAUCGGAUAUUCAAGAAAUCGUCUUUCAUUAAGGGAAUGUUCAAUACUGUUUUAGAAGUGGCAAAAUUUGAAGGUAGUGUUAUACGCACGGUUAGUGGUAUUCGGGGUCAAAUCAAAAAAGCGUUACAUGAGCCUACAGGUGCGUUUCGGGCAACUUUUGAAGACAAAAUUCUCAUGAGUGAUAUCGUUUUUCUUCGUGCUUGGGUAUCUGUGCCUGUGCCUCAUUUCUGUACCCCUGUAACAAAUCUGCUAUUACCAUUGAACCAAGAAUGGGAGGGCAUGCGAACAGUGGGUCGCUUACGUUUUGAAAUGGGUUUGAAACCACCGAUGAAGAUGAAUUCACUUUACAAACCAAUCGAAAGACGACCGUUUGAUCCUGCACCGCUGCUUAUUCCAAAAACGCUCCAGAAAGAACUACCAUAUCGAUUAAAACCAAAAGUUGCGGAAGAAAUCAAGAAGAAUGGUGACAGACUUGUAGAGAAGCAUAGUGCAGUUAUACUAGAGCCACAUGAAAGCAAGAUAAAUCGAUUCAUGGAAAUACUUGGUACGGUACAUGCGGAAAAAGUGAAGACGGAGAGAACAGAAAUGGCACAGCGUGUCAAAAAACAUCGCAUGGAAAUGGCAGCAUUGGAAGCACAGCGAGAAUAUGGAAUAAAGAAAACUAAAAAAAAAAUUUGCCGUUCACUUUCCAAACGAGAACAGAUGAAGUUACGCAAAGCACUGGAUUCAGUGAGCAAUAUAAAUAAGAAUCUUUUUGACAGCUCCUGA